AUGUGGAGAAGAAAUUCUGAAAUGAUGGUCCGCUUCGACAAGAAUAAGUUGAAAGAUGUAGAAGUGAGACAGCGCUAUCAAGAAAAAAUUGCAGAACAUCUCACAAUAACAGAGAACCCUACCAGUGUGGAGAACGCAUGGAUGCUGCUGAGGAAUGCAGUGUUAGAAAGUGCAAAUGAAGAACUAGUUUGCGAUGCAAAACGAAGAAGUAAACCUUGGUUCGAUGAACAAUGUCGAGAAUCUGUUGAGAUUAGAUCAGCGAAGAGGAUAAAAUGGCUACAGCAACUCUCGGAAGAAGCAAGGGUAGCUUACUACGAAGCGAGGCGUAACACGGACCAACUCAUGAGAAAGAAGAAACGGGACCACCACAAAAGUCUGUUGAUUGCAGUCGAAGAAGCAAAGUCGUCACGCUCGUUUUUCCAGGCCUCAAGAUUCGCCAGAGGCGCAUACAGACAACGUACAUUGGUCCUAACGAAUGAGACGGGUGAAGUUGUACCGCCAGAAGAGCAAGCAACCCUAUUUAAAAAACAUUUUGAAAACCUAUUGAAUCCCGACAACCCACCAGUAGGGACAACACAGACGGAUGCCCGUUUUGACAGAGUUGAAGUCCCUGAACCAUCUGAGGAAGAAAUCAGUGUUGCCCUAAAAGCACUCAAGAACAACAAGGCUCCAGGAGGUAGUGGUAUCACAGCUGAGAUGCUUCGCUUGGGAGGGGAAACACUGUAUUCGGACUGCAGUCAGCCAUCCAAUGUUUUCGAGUCACGCUCCAGCAGUGCUGUUGGCGCCGACCUCUUUGAGAAACAGCGCUCUGUAUUGACACAUUUUUACGUUUAUGGUGAUAUAGCAUAUGCUCUGGUGGUGUAG